AUGGAGAAGAAUGUGUUCGUGAGCGGCGCUCAGAAGGCGGCUGACCACGAGCUGGAGGAAAAGCUCGGCCACACCGCCGUCUUUGAAGCAAAACAGGCCACAGACGACGAACAUGCGCAGACUCUACGUGAGGCCUUCAGCCAGAAUCGGAGGGCAGUGCUUUGGUCCGUGUUGAUAUCUAUGUCGAUCGUUAUGGAAGGCUACGAUACCAUCCUCAUGGGCAAUUUCUUCGCGUACCCGGAAUUCCAGAGAAAGUUCGGGAGCUGGUAUGGCGGUGACGUUGGCUGGCAAGUCUCUGGUCCCUGGCAGACUGGACUGAGCAUGGGCAGCACCGUCGGCGGGAUAUUCGGCGGCCUUCUCAACGGCUAUUUUGCUUCCAAGUACGGAUACCGAUGGGUCCUGAUCAUCUCCAUGGCUUUCCUCAACGCCUUCAUCUUCUUGACCUUUUUCUCCCCUGGGCCUGAGGUACUCCUCGUCGGACAAAUCAUGUGCGGCCUCUCCUGGGGUGUGUUCGCCACGCUCAGUCCCGCAUAUGCCUCUGAGGUCUGCCCUACAAAUCUGCGUGGCUACAUGACCACAUACGUCAACCUCUGCUGGGCUAUUGGUCAGCUUAUCGCUGCAGGCGUCCUGCGAGGAUGUCUCAAUAUCGAGGGCGAGAUGGGAUACCGAAUUCCCUUCGCGAUACAGUGGCUCUGGCCUACCCCCCUAAUGUUGGUUGCUUACCUGGCCCCCGAAUCUCCGUGGUUCCUCGUCCGUCAGGAUCGGCUGGAUGAGGCACGGCAGUCCAUCCUUCGACUUGGUGGGCCGGAGAAGACAGAGGAGCAAGUCUCAGCGCAGCUGGCCAUGAUGCUGCACACCACCAAGAUCGAGUCCGAGGUCACGAAAGGCGCAAGCUAUAUCGAUUGCUUCCGAGGUAUUGACCUUCGUCGUAGCGAAGUUGUCAUGGUUGCAUUCGCGGGUCAGAUUCUGUCUGGAAGCAGCUUCGCCUAUACUCCCACAUACUUCUUCACAACCGCUGGCAUGGACACUGCCAAAGCAUUUGAGUUGAGCUUGGGCGCGAAGGCGAUGGCGUUUAUUGGGACAGUUCUCUCUUGGUGGCUCAUCUCAUACUGGGGACGCCGUCCGAUCUAUGUCGUAGGAAUGGGAAUCCUUUGUGGAGUUCUCUUAAUCAUUGGCAUCCUAGAUGUCUCGGCUGGUGAUAAUGCUCUUUGGCCAUCAGGAGGCUUAUGUGUCUUCUGGCUGUUUGUCUAUUCCCUGACAAUUGGGCCUAUUGCUUACAGCAUCAUCUCCGAGACAUCCUCCGUCCGACUUCGACCCCUGUCGGUAGUGCUAGCGCGCAACGCGUACCAAUUAACCAACAUCGUGUCCCAAGUCUUGCAGGCAUACAUGAUGAACCCGACUGAAUGGAACCUUCGGGGCAGAACCGGCUUCUUCUGGGGAUCUACCGCCUUCUGUGUCUUCGUUUGGUCCUAUUUCCGGCUACCAGAGGUAAAGGGCCGAACCUAUGAGGAGUUGGACCUUCUUUUCACGAACAAAAUUCCAGCCCGUCACUUUGCCACGACUCAUGUGGAUGCUUACACUACCUCAUCCACUACAGCGGACGAGAAGACUAAGGUCGAGCAGGUCGCAUGA